UUUCUCUGUGGGUUUAACAGGAAAACAGAUCAACAAGGCUCAAAGCCUGUGGUUUGUUUGCUGCUGUGAGCAGAACACACACUCAGUCAGGACAGCAGAGACUUCAUGAUGUCCAUCUUUGUGAUUCUGGGACUGCUGGUCUGCGUGGACGCAGAAGUGACUCCUGUGUUUGUGCAGACCGGAAAGGAUUUACUUCUGGAUGUCAAAGAAGCUGUUACUCUAGGAGAGACUGAUGUUUUAACAUGGUCUGUUAAUAAGACUAAAUCUAUUGCAAGAUUUUAUGCACAUGGGAAAAUAUUUUUUAAGAGUUAUUCAGAAAGGGCUGAAUAUUUUGCUCUAAAUCACUCUCUGCUGUUGAAGAACGUGGAACAGAGUGAUAGUGGAUACUACAGAGCACAAGUUUCUGCUGAUGCUAACACAGAUGUAGCUGAAUACAAGGUCACAGUUCUGGAUCCAGUGUCUCCAGUGAAGCUGACAGUGAACUCCUGCAGCUCAGACUCCUCUAACCUCACAGUGACCUGCAGCACUCAGGACUCUCUCAUCAGCAGGACUUUCACAUGUGACGACCAAACCUGCUCUGAUGAGAGAGGAGAGAGAGCAGAGUUUACCACACCUGGAGCCUUUUUCAAUGUCUACCUUAAGAGAAGAUUCAUCACCUGUGUCCAUAAGAACGAGGUCAGCUGGACAGAGGACGUCAUAAAGAUUGAAGCUUUUUGUAAGAAGGACCCUGGUCCUCAGAGUUAUUUCAAUAAUAUCUCUGUGUUCACAGUGAAGAUAAUUGUGAUCUCUUCUGGUCUGGUCAUCAUGGUGUGUGCGGUCAUCAGUGUUCACAUCAUAGAGAAUGUCAAGAAGAGGAAAUAAACAUGGAGGACUGUAAAGCUGAAUGUACCCUGUGGAAACUUUGACCACACACAGCACUGUAGAGCAAUCUGUGAUGACACAGUUCCUGUUUGUUCAUAUUGUACAUGUGAGAGUCAGCAGGGGGCGCUGUUCACAUCCCUGUCUCUGACUUCAUGCUGUUCUACUUAUUCAAAUAUAUUUACAUUGCAUUUUUUCAGGCAAGUCUGCUUUUCAUAGAUCCUUCUAGAUUUUACAAUAAAUAAUAACUCCAUGAGAUUUAUAAAAGAGUUCAUUUUAUUUGUUUGUAAAUCUUUGUGUGGUUUUAUUUACAGUACUGUAACAAAAAGAUGUUUUUCAUUAAUAAAUCCUUUAUUGACAUGUAUCAUGCACCUGUAAUAAUAAUAUAAACAAUAAAUGAGGAGUGACCCAAA